AUGUGCCCAAUGAUGCUCAAUCGCCUCUCCGAUGGCCCCGCUAUGGUCCUCUCUUCUUCCCAGGAACACGCCUUCGCUCAGUUCCCUUCUCAGUCUGCGCUGGAUCGGCCUGGCAGCUUCCAUAGCUACCCUGCAAGCCCUAGUUCCGUUUUCGCAAGCAAUGCCGCAGCCCAGUCAGCUCCUAGCUCGAAUGUCGUGCCUGCUCCUUUCGCGCCCAAGCCCUCUCGUAAAAGGUCGCGUGACGAAGCUGCCUACGAAGUGGCUUCCGCUCUAAACAUUUCCUCCGAGCCGGCCCCUCCUCCGGCUCCGAAAGAAGAGCCCAUCUAUGGCGAAGGAAUGGUGUUGCUGAACCCCAGCACUGGUAUGGCAAUCUCUGCAGAUAGUCAGACUGGCACAUGGUACGAAGAACAGGCCGAGGCGCAACAGACCAAGGCGCCCCCGGUUUCCUCGCGCUCAUUUGCGCUGCAGUCUGAUGCCGCCGACAUUAGCCGCAAGUCACAACGGUUGGAUCGAUCCGCUCCGGGCCUCGACGACAUUGCGCUGUGCUCAAUUCAGCAGCGCCUGAAUGGUCCCGAGGCCGACCAGCACCGCACCCUCAACACUGGACCUGCACCUCCAGCUGAGCCACUCAUUGACGAUGCCACUCGCCUUCUCGGCAUCAGCUGGCAGCGUCUUGAUACCGAUGGCGAUAUGGCACCGGCUGUUCGUGGUUGGACCAAGUAUAUCGACAAUCAAUACUCGGACUAUCUGCGCGACUCGCAGAUGCUCAUUAAAAGCCGCGCCCUCAACGCUUACCUUGUUGCGGCAGUGCCCACCAAUGCAUUCUCGCCCGCCUUCUAUCUUUUCAGCGAUGACCUUACACAAGCCCAGCUCGUGGCCUCGUCUUGGGAAGCAUGCUUGCACAAUCUGCGCAGCACCCCAAUCAUCUUCGAGGGCAGCAGUCCUCUCGUCGCCUCAUCCCGAUCCAACAGUCCUCCAGCAGUCACCGCCUUUGGCGCUGUAGAUGGUGGUGUUCCUCUGCUCCACCGAGCCAUCUCAAACAAUGCUCCAUCCAGCUUGGGCACGGGAAUGGGACUGAACGAAGGCGUCGAAAUGGGAAUGGAAAUCGACUCGUAA